AUGGCGAGUUAUUUGAAGAAACCGCCCGUUUAUGUUCUGGCUUGCAUGUUAUGCUCCGCGAAUGGAAUAUUAUUCGGUCCUGUGACCGAUAUGAAAGACUUUAAAGCCCAGUUUGGUGGAAGCCAGAAUUCAACUAUCCAUGGAUUAAUCGUAUCGAGCAUUCUUAUUCCAGCAGCAUUGUCCUCGCUUUUUGCCGGACAUCUUGCUGAUCGUUUUGGACGUGCAAUGAGUAUCAGUAUCGGUUGCUUCAUAUUUGGAGUUGGUGCUGCUAUAGAGGCAUCUGCUGUUAACCUUGGGAUGUUCAUUGCCGGUCGGGUAAUUGAAGGACUAGGUGAAGGAUUGUUCUUAGGCAAUCUUGUGGUAUACAUAUGUGAAGUGUCGCCUACCAAAUAUCGGGGACCCCUUACAACUGGUCCACAACUUGUGAUCACCUCUGGUAUCUGUUUGGGUUACUUCACUUGCUACGGGUCGUCAAAACACAUCACAUCUUCUUUAUCCUGGCGCACUCCGUUUAUUCUUCUUGCUUCUUUGGCUAUGAUUCUUUCUGUCGCCUCACUGGUUUUAUUGCCUCCUUCGCCCCGUUGGUUGUCAAUGCACGGUCGCCAUGCAGAAGCUAGCGCAACAUGGGAAAAGCUAGGUGUCAGCUAUGCUGAGCAUGAAAAAGUUGAACUUGAGAAUGCCGCUCAAGAAGGAGGUGUGCCCUCUAAUCAGGGUACCAUGGAGAAAUUACUGGAUAUCUUCUCGAAAGAUGUUAGGUCUCGCACAAUUCUUGCUGUGUUUAUGAUGGCUGCACAGCAGUUGAGCGGAAUAGAUGGCGUCUUAUACUAUGCACCUUUACUAUUCCAACAGGCUGGACUGAAAUCUUCGGAUGCGAGUUUCUUCGCCUCGGGUGUCUCCGCUCUUGUCAUCUUCGUGGUGACAAUCCCAGCAACCCUGUAUGCCGAUAAAUGGGGAAGAAAGAAGAGCAUUAUAUAUGGCGGGAUAGGACUUGCAGCCAUCAUGUUCGUUAUUGGAGCUCUCUAUGCUGGAAAUGCUGUUCACCCCUCCUCUGGUCCCGGUCGCUGGGUCGUUAUCGUCUUCAUCUAUCUCUUCGCCAUUGUAUACUCAAUGAGCUGGGCAGUUAGUGUCAAGAUUUUUGCAGCAGAAGUGAACCCACAGAGAUGUCGUGCAGCAACAGCUACACUUGCUCACAGCUCGAACUGGCUGGCAAACUUUGUCGUCGCCUUAGUGACUCCUAUUCUACUUUCCAAAAGUAGCUAUGGUGCUUAUUUCUUAUUUGGAGGGUGCUCAAUUGCUACUGCUGCUAUUGCUGCAGUGUUUAUGCAUGAGACAAAAGGCCGAUCUUUGGAGGAGAUCGAGGCGACCUUCAAGCGUGGAUCCAAUUCAAACAACAGCAGUGGCCUAUUCACCGUUUUCCACCGGCCGAAGGCCACAGUUUGA